CGCCUUUUCAGAGACCUGCUUUCGGUGGCUCUCCAAAUAAAACAAGAUAAAGUUAUAAAAACAAGAACGCUGUGCAAAUGAACAACCGAUUAAAAAUCAGCCAACCAAACUCGGCCAUUCCAAAGAACGUCAAGGCCAGAGGCACAGAACAGCUCCCAGUGAUGUGGAAGAAUGAUCUUCCUUUUAACUUCCUGCUUCCACCUGCUUGUUGCUUUGCGCCUCUCUGGCCGCGUCGUUGUCGAGGGAGCGGGAUUUGUCAGCCGUGAGAGAGUCGAGGGAAGGGGAAGAUCUAGCGAGCAGCAGAGCCGGAGCCAGAUGUGGAGCCAACCGAGGGACGGGCGGCGCAGCCAUUCCUGGGCCGGGCUUCAGGGCGGAGCUUUGGGAGCGGAUUUCGGAGCGAGCCACGGAGGCGGCCUGCGUCUUUACGCACGGGGAAGAGACUUGCCUUUGCCUGGCCGAGCAGCCUUCCCGCCGCCUAGAGAUGGAACCGGGUCGAGCGACUUCAGCAGGGGCCCAAGCAGCAGACUCUCUUGCCCGGGAGAAACAGCCGAGCAGGGAAAAGAAGUCCCAGGAUGGUGGGUCAAUCCACCGCAGCUGGACCAAGUCUCUCUUGGGCUUCGAAAGUGCUGAUCUUUCCAGCUGGCAUCGCUUUGUCUGCUUGCUGAACAGGCCUACUGACCCUGCAGGCCUGGGAGUCUUCCGAUUCCUCUUUGGUGAGUCUUGCCUUCUGGCUUCUGAGCAGAGAAGGGCUCAUGGUACCCUGGAGACCAUGUUGAAGAAACUACAUGGAAUCAGAGAAAUGGACAGACCCAUCCUCACUGCUUGGAUAGAUUUGGGAUUCCCCUGCUCCAGUUUUCUCUUUACUCAUCCCUUCCUCAGACUCUUUGACCCACGUGUGGACAUUGUGCAGGCUGAGUGGUCACCCUUCAAAAAGACACCAUGGUUGAAGCCUCUUUUGGUUGAUCUGUCACCCUGGCGAGCAAAGCUGCAGGAAAUUGAGAAGUCACUGGACAACCAGACUGAGGUGGUCUUCAUUGCAGACUUCCCAGGUCUGCACCUUGAAAACUUUGUCAGUGAGGACCUCGGCAACACCAGUCUCCACUUGCUGAAGGGGGAAGUGGCUGUGGAGAUUGUCAAUAAGCAGAUGAAUCACACACUGCAAGAAGGAGAUAGAAUACAGUUGCCAGCUGGUGAAUACCAUAAAGUCUUCACAGUGUCCCAAGAGCCCUCCUGCUACAUGUAUAUCUAUGUCAACACUACUGAAGCAGCUCUUGAGCAGAACUUCACUCGGCUUCAGGUUCUGCGGGAGAAGGUCAAGAAUGGGAGUGAAACUGAGCCUCUCCCCCCAGAGCUUCAGCCCAUUUUGGAUGGUUCCCUGGAAAACGUGAGCCAGACAGACCCCGUUGUUGAAGCUUUCCUUCAACGGGAGCGGCGGAUGGAGGAGCUGCAAAAACGGCGCAAUGCCACACUGGUGGAGCGUUUCAACCGUUUCACCAACAAGAAGUAUUUCAUCUUCCGGAGAAGCCUUCUGAUGACCUGGAUCUCCCUACGGAACUUAGUCUUGGGGCGCCCAUCCCUGGACCAGCUAGCACAAGAGGUGGCUUAUGCCAAUAUGCAGUAUGAUGUGGACUCUACUUUAAGCAGCGAAGACACAUCCCCAAAAGAACCCGAGCGUUCUGAUCUCUGAACUACCUCAACCAGCCUCCUGGGCUCAUCGCACAAUGAAGCCAAGUAAAACUCUAUGUGCACCUCAGGGAGCUGCUCCCUGGCUGGUGCUGCAGCUGUCAGGGUCUGAACCUGGAGAAAGGCUUCAACAGAUGCCUCCCUGGAUUCCUGUUUUUCAAUGGACAACCUGCAGGUUCUAGACCAGACUUCUGAACCAUGACCAGUUGUCAUCCUGCUGCUCUGACGCCUGUAGUUUGGCUUUAGGGGGAUGUUUGUACAGUGUCUUGAGGAAAGGAGGGCAGGAGGGGAGUACAACCAAACAGGGAUUCUCUCAGGAUAGUGGCUCCAUGGGCAUUGUGGGAUGGCUGUUGCACAGUGGGACUCAAAGUACACAGUGGGACUUACAGUAUUAGGUUUCCCUUGCAGCAGGCAGGUAGUUCUGGGAGUGGGAAUCUUGUUGGCAAAAGGAGGGGAGCGUCAGGAACUACAGGGGCUGACUGGAUUAACACCUGGAAGGAAUCCAGAGAGGCUGAACAGUAGGAAGAAGGAAGAAGCCAAAGGCCAGAUGCAGUGGGGGGUGAUGUGGAAUGGUUGCCCUUUGUAGUAAAAGGGUGUAUGGUGAACCAUGUAGCCUAUCACUGUCUACCCUAAAUGGAACAACAGCUGCUGACUUUCCAAGUGUUGUCACUGCUUUUAGCACCUGAACUGGGGAUCUUUUACUGGCAAAGCAUAUCCCACUCUUCUACUGGAGCCACACUCUGUCUCCUGAAGACAUCCCCCUCUGCUCACUUCAUGUAACUGAGAGUCAGCUGGCAGCCUCCUGAAUGAUCAGCCAAAUAUCAGACCCUUGGCUGGGGCACAGUAACCAUUUUUUUGGUUAAGAACCAUUGCUGACAUCCAAAGCACCAAGUAUUUUUUAAAUUAAAAAGUGUAUUGAACUAC